AAUGACCAAUAAACUCAAGAAGAAGAAGAAAAUGAAGACAAAGAAGAAGAAGAAGAAGGACAUUUGGAACACAAAAUGGCAGCCUGGUUGCGUUUCGGUCGACUUGGUUCCUUAAAGGUCCACAGCUGCGGCACUCUGAUUCGUCACCCUGUUACUUGGUUGUGCAGUGAAGCUAAGGAGUCAGGACAAGCCAUAAAAAAAUUAAAGGGUCCCCACAACAAGUCAACAGCUGCACCUCCAGUGACAGAGGAGCCUUUUGACAACAGCAAAUACAAAAAUUACCAGCACCACAGCUAUACCAACUACACCUUUGCAGACCUGGAUGUAGAGAUGGCCAAGCAUCGUCUUCCUCAGCCCUCCUCUGGCAAAUCCUCACCCAGACACUAGAGCAGAUCGAUGUGUGCAGUGGACAUAUACAUUUCUCUCCCCAACUGCUUCAUCUGCAAGGAAAAUCUUGUCAAAGGGUUAUGAUUAAAGUACAGUUGUAAGAAA